AUGAUGGCUGAUAAGUUACUCAAUGAUCGUCAAGAUGUCCCCAUUUGGAAUGCUGUCGAAGCCGGCAAUUUUAAGCAAGCGCUGAAGUUAGUUGACAAGAGGUUGGCCAAAAAGCGGACACCUCAUUUGGAGGCAUUCAAGAUUUAUAUUAAAUCACGUUCGUCUACUCAGUCGGAGAGGGAUGUCGUACUCCCCCAUCUGGAAGAUUUGGUCGCCAAGAAAGUGGUCAUUACGGAUCAGGAGGACAUAGAUCUCUAUGAUGAUGCUUUGGUCAACGCCAUUCCAGAAGCUGGAUCAAUUUGGGCGAGGACGAUUGGUGAGUUGCGAUGGCAAAGUGUCAAAGCAUACCCCAAACAAGAAGAUUCUGGGUUGAAAUCGUUCAAGGCCUGUUUGUCGGAACGCGACUGGGAACAUGCUCAACAGAUUGCGAGUAGUCUUGAAAAGACAUUCCCAGGUAAACAUCAAUACGUUUUCUGGAAUAUCUCCUCUUUAUUCCUUAGAUCUAUUUCGAGCGACCUUCCUAUCGAAAAGAGAAACCUAUGGGGCCGAUUGGCUUAUGGACAGAUUAGUAAGCUUGCUACAGCUACAAUACAAGCAGAUAAGUCGAAGCCUCUUCCAACACGUGCGAUACACACACCGCAGGAGCUGUUACUUUUACAACGGAUUACUGCUGCACAUGGCAAAUUGGAGGAUCGAUUGAAUUAUUUAAACGAGCCUUCUCUUGGACCCGAGUCGAUAGUUGCCAAGGGCGAUUGGGAAUUAUGGAGAAAUAAAUUAGAGCUUAUGGAAACAUCUGAGCACUGGCAAGAACUUUUUGAGACAACCGGCGGUCUUCUUAAACGUUCACGCACAAAGGAUGAACGCGGACAGAUCGUCGAGGCUAGAAUGGCUGACUGGGCAGUGUGGCAAGCGUACCUACACUCUGCUCUUUCUUUGCAAACCCCCUCUGCUAUUGAUAGUGUCUCGACAGAAAUUGCAGCGCAUCUGGACCCCACUUCUGGAAUUGACAAAACAUGGAGAAGAAAUGCAUCUUUAGCAUGGCUUGAGUUUACCUUUAAGAGUUCUUCUACACCAUUCGCUGCUGAGCCAUCGGGAUCAGAUGUAGAGAAGUACCCUCGGGUGGCUGCAAUCGUCAAGUAUUUGCAAGAAUUUGGCGACGCUACCACAGCUUUCAGCGAUCUCAGGCCUUACGUAGAGCUAUCACAGAGUGAGGAACGCAACAAACUGCUCCAUAUUCUCAGGAAUGGAAUUCAGUUUGGUAAAAAGGCGAAGAAGGACGAUUUGGAUUCUCAAUUCACGGCCCUGUCGGUUACUAAGAACGAAUUCGAGAAUGCAAACGAUAUGACUAGAUGUGUCAAUUUACACAAAUUGACUCACCUCAUCGUGAGUAGUAUCUCCGAAUACGAACGUCGGUCGAGCCCUCUACAUAAAACUAGUGAACGAUCAUUCACUUGCACGUACUGCUCCAAUCCUUGUGGGGUGUACUGUGAGGUCUGCCUCGAGCAACUCUCCAAAGAUUCUAUUGCCGCUUACACAUCUGCAAUGAAUGACAACGGGAAAAUUUCCAAGUCCCUUCUCCCUACAGACAGACACCCUGCCGAUGAUUUCUGUACAUUAGCAGCAAUGUGCUUGAUGAAACUUGCACUCUCAGACUCCAGUGAUGUUGAAGGAUCUCUGAAAAGCAAACGAAUCGCGUAUGCCUUGCAAGCAGCUGCAUGUCUCGAAUAUGGCUGGUCACAGUCUAAAUCGAACUCCGAUUUCUCACUCAUCCUAGUCAGAAUAUAUUCUUCUCUUGGCUGCGGCCAACAAGCUAUGAAAGCAUACCUCCACCUGAGUUUGAAGCAGAUACAGCUUGAUACUCUAGGGUACAGUAUAUUGGAUAGGAUUUCAUCCCUGCACCCACAUCCAUUCCCUUCUGCCCCAGAUGGAUCUUCUGAAAAUCUCAAGCCUGUAGACCACCUUAAAAAACAAAGAAAGAUGUACGGAAAUUGUCGUCACCAAGUUUCGAAUAACACCUGGAAAGCAUUUGAGCAUGGAAGCUACAACACAAUAUUCCAAUUUCAAGAGUUUUCUGAAAUCAUCAACAACACAUUAUCAGCAGUGUCUUCUGCUGUUGAGACCACAAAGAUAUCGCGGCUCUUGAAGCAGACUGCGCCUUCGGAUAUUCUUAGCAUUCUUCCUAAAAACCCAGAAUUGUUGAAUAAAUUUUCGGAUUCCAAUGACUACACUUCAUUCCCUGAUUAUGAGUCUACUUUGGGAACAGGACUUGAAAAGUCUACCCGGUUUGCACCUGGUCCAUCUAGCAACCGAAGCCGCGCAGACUUACUCGUCGAGAAAUUAAUCUCCAUGACAACCACCGAUGCCACAUCCACCUCAAUCAAUCUUACCUCCCUCAAAGAGAACAUUCUCCAGAUCUCUACCGAACUUCAAAAACAAGCAGAGUUGAUCGAAACCAACCCAGACGAAUCCUUCCUAACACGAUCUGAAGCCUCAGCACUCGAAGCAUACAGCAAUCUCGCGUCCAUCAUAACGAAAGCCUGCGACCCUACCGCAUCAUCAGCUGCAGAUUUCCAAACCUCGCUCGAAACCUCCAAUAAAUCUCUGUGUGCAAAAUUAGAACAACAUCUCUCUUUUAUCAGAGAGGGUAAAAAUGUAACCCCAGCUCUAUGGAAUACUCUUCAUACACUCUACACAGCCUAUGAUCUUGCAUCUGUCAUCAUUAGUGCUACGAAGUUCCUCGCGCUUAAAGAUGUUAAGGCUCAUAAGUUUCAGAUAGAACAGUGUAAGACUUUGGCGGAAAGCGCAAAAUCGGUAAUGGAAGCAGUAAUUCAAAAAUCGAAGGAGAUUAAGAGUGGAAUGGAUGAAAGUGGGUGGAUUGAUCGGGUGUUGGAAAGCAUGGAGGUGGGAGAGUCAGGGGAGCAGUUGAGAAGUUUAGCGGGAGAGAAUUUCAUGGAAGAGUGGGCUGGAGGUAUGGUGGAGGGGUGGAGAGAUUCGGUUACUGGACUGGGUUUGUUGAAGGUGUAA